AUGUUCAGCUGGCUGGGUACCGACGACCGCCGGAGGAAGGACCCCGAGGUCUUCCAGACGGUGAGCGAGGGGCUCAAGAAACUCUACAAGAGCAAGCUGCUGCCCCUGGAAGAGCAUUACCGCUUCCACGAGUUCCACUCGCCCGCCCUGGAGGAUGCCGAUUUUGACAACAAGCCCAUGGUGUUACUGGUGGGCCAGUACUCCACUGGGAAGACCACUUUCAUCAGGUACCUGCUGGAACAGGAUUUUCCAGGCAUGAGGAUUGGGCCUGAGCCGACCACCGACUCCUUCAUUGCAGUGAUGCAGGGUGAGGUGGAGGGGACCAUCCCUGGGAACGCUCUGGUGGUGGAUCCUAAGAAACCCUUCCGGAAACUCAACGCCUUUGGCAAUGCCUUCUUGAACAGGUUCGUGUGUGCCCAGCUGCCCAACCCCGUGCUGGAGAGCAUCAGCAUCAUCGACACGCCAGGCAUCCUCUCUGGGGAAAAGCAGAGGAUCAGCCGAGGGUAUGACUUCGCUGCUGUCCUCGAGUGGUUCGCCGAGCGGGUUGACCGCAUCAUCCUGCUCUUUGACGCCCACAAGCUGGACAUCUCUGAUGAGUUCUCAGAAGUCAUCAAGGCCCUCAAGAACCACGAGGACAAGAUGCGGGUGGUGCUGAACAAAGCCGACCAGAUCGAGACCCAGCAGCUGAUGCGGGUGUACGGGGCUCUCAUGUGGUCCCUGGGGAAGAUAGUGAACACCCCGGAGGUGAUCCGGGUCUACAUCGGCUCCUUCUGGUCCCACCCCCUUCUCAUCCCUGACAACCGGAAGCUCUUUGAGGCCGAGGAGCAGGACCUGUUCAAGGACAUUCAGAGUCUGCCCCGAAACGCUGCCCUGCGCAAGCUCAAUGACCUCAUCAAGAGAGCCAGGCUGGCCAAGGUCCAUGCCUACAUCAUCAGCUCUCUGAAGAAGGAGAUGCCCUCCGUGUUCGGGAAGGACAACAAGAAGAAGGAGCUGGUGAACAACCUGGCUGAGAUUUACGGCCGGAUCGAGCGGGAGCACCAGAUCUCGCCUGGGGACUUUCCCAACCUGAAGAGGAUGCAGGACCAGCUGCAGGCCCAGGACUUUAGCAAAUUCCAGCCCCUGAAAAGCAAGCUGCUGGAGGUGGUGGAUGACAUGCUGGCCCACGACAUUGCCCAGCUCAUGGUGCUGGUGCGCCAGGAGGAGUCGCAGCGGCCCGCCCAGAUGGUGAAGGGUGGCGCGUUCGAGGGCACCCUGCAAGGCCCCUUCGGGCACGGCUACGGGGAGGGGGCUGGGGAGGGCAUCGAUGAUGCCGAGUGGGUCGUGGCCAGGGACAAGCCCAUGUACGACGAGAUCUUCUACACCCUGUCGCCGGUGGACGGCAAGAUCACGGGUGCCAAUGCCAAGAAGGAGAUGGUGCGCUCCAAGCUGCCCAACAGCGUGCUGGGCAAGAUCUGGAAGCUGGCGGACAUCGACAAGGAUGGCAUGCUGGAUGACGAGGAGUUCGCACUGGCCAACCACCUCAUCAAGGUCAAGCUGGAGGGGCAUGAGCUGCCCAAUGAGCUGCCCGCCCACCUCCUGCCGCCAUCCAAGAGGAAAGUUGCCGAGUGA